AUGGAGCUCUUCAAUCUCUUAUUCGCGUUACUUAGCUCGAUCCCAUCGAUCCUCGCACUCUCGUUUCCUUCCAACGCCGCCGACUCUCCUUCCUUCAAUACCCACGAUCCUGUCUCGAUCCUUGAUGCAUAUGGGCCUAGUCCGGGAUACGCAGACUGGCUUCAGUCAGGUAUCCGGGAACCCGGGCCACUCGACCACAAGAAGCGCCGGGUCGUCAGGUACUGCUUCGCCGACCAGGAGACUAGAGACAAAUUGAAGUGCGCCUUCGAGAACGCAAUCACGCUCUGGAGCGAUGCGCUUGGUGGUCCGAGCAAUCCAAAGACCGGACACUCUUUGUUCUUCAAGGAAGUUAAGGGACCGGACGGGCAACAUGCGUUCUGCUUCAAGGGCAACUACGACGCGAAAAAGAAAGAGGGCGCUUGGAAUAACGGCGUCGUUGCGCCUGAUACCCUGGUCGUCGCAAUCGUGCCCGAUCAACCGCCUCGGUCGACAACAGGCUACAUUCCUAGUGAAGAGAGCGAUAAGCCCUGGCGACAUUUCAUGGAACUUCCUCCGGACGUUCAGCGUUCCGAUCGAAACCAUAUCAUCGCACACGAAAUCGGACAUGUGUUAGGGAUGGUCCAUGAGCACUCCAGAAACGACCGAGAUGACUUCGUGGAAUAUCAUUGCUCAAUGGUCAAGGGCUUCCGACCGGCUAUGUUGAAGGCGAUCGCAAACAAUAUCCCACCGGAGGAGGCAAAGCGGAAACUGUGCGAGGACUUCAAAUUCGCCGCAGAAUACGGAUUCGCUGGGAGGGAUUUCAUCAAGGGCGGGAACCGACCUGGCUUGCUAAUCGACGGCGAUUCCGGCUUCGACUUCGAGUCCAUCAUGUUGUACCCCUCCUUCGCCUUCUCCGUCGACGAGCACAAGUGCAUGGAGGACCGGAGAUUGUGUCCUUUGGUAAAGAUCAAAAAGAAGGACGGACAGAAGGUGGGGACGGAAUUUAUUGGGGAGAACACGGUCCCGUCGAGAGAGGACUGCGACUUCGUCAGGAAGUAUUAUCCUUUCGGUGGUUGA